CUUGCAUUUGUUCACCUGUUGUAUACAUAAAUGCACUAAAUACUAUGAUCUGACAUGUGUAAUACAAAAUUUUUAAUUAUGGAUUUAUGAUGUUUAUCUAGUGGUAUUAAAUUUUAAUUAUGCUAAAAGUAGUUCUUCAAAUUUUAAUAAUAACGUUUUUCUUAGUUUUGUUCUAUGACACUGUUGAUAUUUGCCUAAAUCAAAUCAAUUCAAAAAAAGAAAAUGAGCUCUUGAUUGUGAAACGAGAAGUAGAGAAAAGAAAUCAACCUGUGGAAUCUGUUACAUCUUAUGAAACUUAUGAGUUUUCUAUAUGGCCUAUAGCUUUAGGAUUUUCAUGUGUUUUCUGUUCGGUUGUGUGUCAUUUUAUCUUACCACUAAAGUUUUUAUCUGUGAAGAAACAAAGAGGUAAAGAAAAUCCACAGAAUAGUCUACAAAAGUUUAACAAAAAGAUAAAACAUUAUAAACAAGAAGAAGAUGAAUUCAGUUAUUUUGAAGAAAUUGACAAGGAUGACUCAAAACAUCACUUUGACAUCAGAAUUAAAGAUGAAGUUGUGUAUUGUAAAGAUCUUGGUUUAAUUGCUAGCCAAGAUUCAUUUCCUGAGAAUGCUAGUAAAAGUGUUUCAUUAGCCCAAUUAAAUAAAGCAGGACAAGAAAAGUCAAUUAGGAAUGUUUGUUUACCAAACUUAUUUAAUGAUGAGAUGUUUCCAGCUCAAUCUUCCAUAGAUGUCAUCAAAAAUGUAAGUCUUUCCCCUUCUAUGACUAGUUUGGAGCAUUUAGACUGGGGUAACUCAAAAAACCUUUACAGCACUCUACUAGAGAACAAGAGUAUUAGCAAAAUGGGGUUACCUGCCACCCCUAGUAGUUUUUAUGUGGAUGAAAAUAAAAGAAAACAUUUUUCUGAAACCUUUUAUGAAAAAAACUGUGAAAUACUAACUGUUAACAAUGCAAUCUUUAAAGAAAAUUUAAGCCAGAGAAGUGAAGAUAGCAUUGAUUCAUUAUCAAUUAAGCAAGGACAAAUAAUGGAAUUAUUGUCAGUGCCGAAAAAUGAUGUUACUAAACCUCCUAAGAUAUCUACCAGUGAUAAAUCAAUCAGUGUUCAGCUUCCAACCUACAGUGAUAAUGAUAUAAAAAACAUCAAAAAAAGGUUAGAAAAUAUUGAGUAUGGAUUGAGGAAAUCUGAAGAAAGGACCAAAGACUGGGGGAACAGAAUUAAUGUGGCAGAGACAGAACUAGUUGACCUUCAUGAACAGAUGUAUACUAUAUUUAGUAAGUUUGAAGAGGAGAAAAAGACAAACUAUAUCAUUGUCUCUAAAUUGUCGAAAGAUAAAAUUUUCCCAAAGAAUGAGAAUAUAUAUGAGACUGUUGCUGAAGAAUCAGAUGGAUCUGAGCAGGUUGAUGAAAAAGGAGAAGAGGACAAUAUUUCUAAGAAUAAAAUAGAUGAAGAGGUAGUAACAACACCCAAUCCUGACUCAGCUUUAACUGAAAAGAAUUCAAGUGAAGAGGAAAGUGAGGAUGAAGAUCAGUCAGAAAAUGACAUCAAGAGUAAUCCUGAAUUUAAUCAAAAAUCAAUUGAAGAGUCUACUGAAUUGAUAUUGACAGAACUUAAGCAAAGAUCAAUAGCUUUAGAAAGUUUGUUAGAAAGCAAAUCACGAUCCCAGAUCAGCACAUACCUUCCAAAAAAGAAAAUCCCACAACUUAGUGUCCCUCGUCACAUUAUUCCUCCCUAUAAAAGGCCAAGUUUUGCUGGAACCGAUUCUAAAGCUGAAUUGCGAAAGAGAAGGUUGAAUAUGAGAAUAAAUAACAAUGGAAAUGAAUUCUAUUGGAGAACUAGAAUGUGAGAAUGUAUUAGAAUAAUACAAUCUUGGAAUAAGAGAGAAAAAACGUUCAUAAUAAAAGAAAUUAGGCAAUAAUAAAAUUUUGAAUUAAUGCAGAUUAA